UCCACCAUUGACAUAUCUAGGGCAAAACUCAUCACUUCAAUUUUCAAAAUCCACAAAAUGGAAACCUUCAAAGAGCAACUCGAGCAGAUACACACUUUUUUAUCAUCAAAUAAACCGUUGGCUUACUCGACGCUGCUUCAUCUCCAGCAACAAUCCGGCACUGACUCUUCUUUCGUUCAAUUGCUCGCUGAUUCAUCUUCUAUCAUCGUGCCCUAUAUUCUCGCCGACGUAUCAGAUAACGAUGAGGAAAUUGCUGCUCAGGCUUUGAAGUGCUUGGGAUUUAUGAUUUAUCACCCAUCUAUAGUUGGCUCAAUCGAAGGUGACAAUGCCACGGCUAUUGUUGAUUCUCUUGUUGAGGUUAUUACGACCACCAAGAUUAAGUCUGUUUGCAACUUGGGUGUCUGGUGUAUAUCAAUGCAGCAGUUCAAGUCUUCGCUUUUGGAUGCACAUUUCCAGUCUUUGCUGAGGGCAAUUACUUAUGCCCUUGACAAUCCUAUUGGUUCUCUUUCAAUCACAUUUGAGGCUAUGCAGGCUGUAAUGAAGUUGGCGAGUACGUCAGCUCAAAAUAUGAGAGCCAUGUCAAACAUAUGGGCUCCUCCAGUUUAUAGAAGACUUAUCAGCAGUGAUAAAAGGGAAAGAGACAUGUCAGAACGUUGUUUAUUGAAAGUCUCUAACGUGAUAUGUCCUCCACCAGUAAAUCUCUCAAAGGCCCUUGCCAUAGAGUUGAAGAAAACUUUGCUUUUGACAAUGGAGGAGCUACUGAACCAAGGCCUGAAGAUUCAAACUCUACUAGCAUGGGGAUGGUUUAUGCGUCUAGUUGGACCUUAUGGAAUGAAAUAUAAGUAUUUGGUAAACAAAUUGCUUAAAAUUACAGAACAAACUUUUCCAGACCUUGAUCCACAGAUUCAGAGUGCUUCACUGAUUGCCUGGGAAUGUUUCAUUGAUGCUUUAAUCUGCUUGACACUUCAUGAUCCUGAAAGCAAUGCACUUGUAAAGAAUUCUGCGGACCAAACUGUAUUCAAGGGAAACAAUCCAACUGAAGCUGAUGGGUUUUCCAAGAAGAUCAAACUUGUGAUGACGCCCCUGAUAGGAAUCAUGUCAAGUAAUUGUGAUGCAUCUGUCCAUGUAUCCUGCCUGAAUACAUGGUCUUAUCUUCUGUAUAAGCUCGACAAGUUAGCUAGCUCUCAUUCAGUGGUUAAAACAGUUUGGGAGCCCAUCUUGGAAGUCGUCAUCAAGGUUGGACCUGUCAAUAAAAAUAUAUGGUCGUGGAGAUUCUGCAUUGAGCUGCUUGAUAAUUUCGUUUCAGCAGGAAACAAAAAUGUAAAUAGUAAGUUAACCGACCAGAAGGCUGAUCGGUUAUCUAAAAGUUUCAUAAUGAAACUUCCAGAAUCUGCAAAAUGCUCAUGGAAGUAUCAUCCAAUUAAAUGGUCACCUUUGGAUCUUGGAAAUUUGGAGUUUUUCCUAAACAUGAUUCACGGUGUGAUCAUGCAAGGGUCCAUUAUUACUCUGUCCCAUGAAGUCAGGACAGUGACAUGCGGUGCUGCCUCAAGUUUGUUCCAAUCUCUUCUGAGAUCUGUUAAACAUUUGUUGAAAUCUGACCUUAUAACUUAUGACGAGGUUAUCUUAUCUUUGAAUAUGAUGUUUAAGUUUUUGAAGAGUGUAUAUGAGAGUAUGCAUUCAAGGGAUGGUGGUAUAGAUGAUUUGCAAUCGCUUCUACUUCAGCUUCUGGAGGCUUUUGUUGAAGAAUUAGAACCAUCAACUUUGCAAUCCCCUCUUUACAAGGUGGCACUAGAUCUAAAAAAUCUUGAGAAGUCAGAACCAGUCUAUAGAUUCAAAAGUGCAAAGAUACCAGAUAUCUGCUUUAUGAAUUAUAAGGAGAAGGUAUCACCAGUUGCUUGUAUAACUUUGCUCUAUUUCCAUUCAGUAACCAAGUCAACGUUGAAAGCACCUGAUUAUGAUAUAGUCGAAUGCAUACACAAAUUUGUGAAGCUUUUGCUCUCCUCAUACGAGCCUUUGGAAAUUCUCCAUCUCUUUGUUAGUUUACUAUACAGAGAGAAGAUGUCUCGUUGCUUUGAGAUCUGGGUAGCUCUGGCAAACUGUCUGAAAGAUUACAUAGAUAGUAAUAGCUUUCUCUCACAUUUCAAAUUGCAGCCGGAUAGUCCUGGUUAUGCGACAAUAAUACAUUUCCUAUGCUAUCCAUUUGCUGCAUACUCUUGCCCUAAGGUGCAUCUCAAGCUUCAGCAUGUAAUUGAAGCAUGGAUAUCACUUUAUAUUUCUCUUAGUCAGGCAUCGGAAAAUGGUUAUCCUACUCUUACUGAGGACCUAUUCUCGAUGCUCUGUUCAUAUUUCAAUAAAGAAUUGACUCAGUCAAGUGUAAAGGGUCAGGAUAUCGAUGUUCUUUUAUUGUUUGGAGAAGCAAUGAUAUGUGCUGUAGAACAAGCUUCUUUGACAGCAAAAUCUAAUGCUAAAGAGAGCGAAAGCCGGAGAUCCUGCAAAAUCAAGAGGAGCUUGGAAUUCGCGUCCUGCUUCAUGAAGCUAUCUAGGGUAAAGGAUGAAACUAAUCUAUCAACCAGCCUCAUCGAAACAAGGCUGCUAUCGUCACUGAUGCACUUCGUUGGCUGCUUGCGCUUGCAGAAGGAUGUAACAUUAUUCAUUGAGAUCAUGACCAGUUCAUUGCUUUUGUGGCUCUCACAUCUUGAAGCUCAAGACAGUAACUUCAAAGAUCAAGUUCAACAGUUAUGGAUUCAAACGCUGAACUGUUUGCAGAAAAUGCGACCAAUAAUAGAAUUCAAUUCCUCUUUUCUUCAGCUCCAGGAGCCUCUUCUAGAGAAAACUCUUGAUCACCCAGAUCCCAUCAUUUCCAACUCUACUGUUAACUUCUGGAAUUCUACAUAUGGAGAACAGAUCAAGUUAGAUUACCCUCAUAGCUUACUUCCAAUCCUGGACAAGCUGUCAAGGAAAGGAAAAAUAAAACUCUGCAAAAAGCGCCUGUCGCCCAAUGGUAAAACGAGUUCUGAGGUAGAUAAAGUUACAGCUCCAAAUAGAUACAAGGUGCCAACAACACUGCGUAGCUGCUCAAAACGAGUUGAACUCUUGGGGAACGCAGCUAAUAGUUCGGAGGGAAAUGACAGAAUUUAUCCAAAGUCAAAACGAAGGCAUACUGAGCUGACAGAACAUCAAAAAGAAGUGAGAAGAGCACAGCAAGGUCGAUCAAUGGAUUGUAGUGGACAUGGUCCAGGAAUCAGGACAUAUACCAGUGUUGAUUUCUCUCAAGGAAAUGAAGAAUCACAAGAAAGCCAGGACGUUAGAGAUGCAGAUUCUAUUUUGGAAAUGUUGCGCAAAGUUAAUUAAAAUUUGCAUUUUAACUUUAUGCUAUCUUGUAACUUUUACAAUACCGCUUGUAUAUAUGUACUAUUGCCUUGAGCCGAGGGUCUAUCGAAAACAGCCUCUCUACGUGUUCCAGGUAGGGGUAAGGCUGUGUACACACUACCUUCUCUAGACCCCACUUGGGGGAAUACACUUUUGUUGGUGCUUGUAUAUAUGUAUUCAGGGGCGGAGCUAGCCUUUGAGUUAUGGGUUCAGUCGAGCCUAGUAACUUUGGUUCAAUUCUUGUAUUUGUCUUGAGAAAUCAAUUAAAUAUGUACUAAUUGUUAAUUUA